GCUCCCGUAGAGCAGGGCCUGGGCGUAGACACUGUGAGCUCUUUAAUGUUAAACCCUGUUGCGUAGGAAUCAAACAGCGCGUCACAUCACCCAGAGAGCACGGAGGUGUCUCUUACAUAAUCGGGAGGCUGAAUAUAUAACGAACAAGAUGCUCUCGGCCACGCUGGAUACCAGUGGCUCUCCGAAGAAGCGGACCUUUUCUCGGGGCCUGAGCGAGGACGAGUCGCUCCGCAGCAUUAUCAAGGAGACUGAGACUUCUUCCAGGCGUGUGACACGAAGUGACAGCCGUGCAGGCACCCUGAAGAGGGGGACUGACAGCCAGACUGAGCAGGAUCUCUUCAUGGGACUCCCAGAAAUGCUGGAUCUUCAGGCCAGCUAUGAAGAGGUGGUGCAGGAGCUGCGUGGGCUGGAGUUCGAGCGAGAGGCUCUGUUGUUCCAGGUGGACAUUCUGCAGGACACGCUGGAGGGUGUGGAAGAGCUGCUGGCUGAGACCCAGAGGGAAGCUGGGCAGGCUAGUUCCGAGUUGGAACAAGAGAGGGCGGCCAAGAGGAAGCUGGAGAGCAUGGUCAGCUCUCUAAUGCAAGAGGUGGAGAGAUUAAAAGAGGAACAAAUGAAAGCCCCUGCUCAAGAGAAAACAUAUGGAACUGAAGAUGAGGCAACAAGAAACGGAAGCCAAAUAAAAAACCAUGAGGUCAUCGAGCAGACUCAAGACUCAUGCAGAGAGGAAGUAGACUUACCCCCGUGUGAACCUCACAGCACCAGUGAAGCGUCUGAGGAGGUGGAGCAGGGCGAUGGAGCAGAGGAGGAAGGAAGCUUCCUGACCAAGAUACGGAAGAUGGUCCACAAGCCUCUUGCCCACAUACCCUCUCUUGCUUUGGACAACCCGCUCUCUGAAGACGGUGUCCUCUGGAGGCCUUACGAAAAUGGCAACGACAAUGGCCAAGAUCCAUCAACGGACACAAACGAUUCAGACAACUUAAGUGCCUAUGAGGAUGCGUCCGCCGAGACUCCAGAGCAGGACAGGAUCUUUCAAGGCGAUGGCGACUGUGUGGACCUGCCUGAUGAUUCAGAGAAUAAAGAGAAAAGUCCAGCCAACAACGUUCAGGUCAGCAACGGUGAGACUCAAGCCCCCAACGACCCUGACGGCUGCAUUGUGUCUUAACUUUACCUGUUCGUAUCAAUGACUGGGGAAAAGAGCAAUGAUUCUUCUUGACCUAUUGGUGAAAUUCAAAAGGUCGUGGAUCUGCAGUUUAUCCAAAUCGAUCUUCAUGUUCUUAGACAACUUUAAGACCAAUUGCAAAAGCUAGAGUUGCCGUAAUUACGUAUCCUAUGAUAAAUCAACUAGUUGAUUGAAGAAAGCUAACCUGGUUUCACUACUUUUUCAAGCAAACAUGCCAAAACGUUCACUGGUUUUAAGAUUUCUCAAAUGGGAGGAUUCGCUGCUUUAUGGUAUCUUUGGGAAAUGGACUACUUUUGGGACGAGACAAGCAAUUUGAAGACAUUGUUCAGGCUCAUUAUUUUCGACAUUUCAUAGAUCUAUUUGUAGACUUGAUUAUUCAAGGAAAUAAAUUUACGCAUGAAUUAAUGAUAUUAAUCAGCUCCAGUUUUAAAACACUGUAGUAGAAAAGUAAAAUUCUGCUUUGAAUUAUCAACAAAGAAACUCAGGAUUGAGGAGGUUUACCAGCUAGAGCUCCACCCAUGAGUGCUUCAUUUUCUUUUGCCACUGUUUUAUUUUUGAUGUCUCUUAAUUUAAACAAAUAUUUUUUUCUAAACAUGACAAAUGCUCCAUGCUUCUUCGACCAUUUAUCUUUUAGGGAAUCUUUUUACGAAUGUGUGUUUGUACACGAACAGCUCCGAGACAAAUCAGGAUUUACCUGUAGACAAAAUACAGUGAACUAUGUUAGUGUGUGGACAGGGACUGAGGCUGUUAUGACUCCAAUCAUAACUGCACAUUUAGAAACACACGACUUUAGAGACAGUCCAAUCAUUUAGACACCCGCAGCUUGUUACAGCUUAAUUUGCAAAUGGGAUGAGCCGAAUCUCACAUAAGCCAUUUUCAGACAUGAACCUCGGGUUCACGUCUCGCAGCUUGUUUGGAACAUGGCAGGAAAAACCCUGGAGACUCAGGCUUUCUAAUGUAAAGCCCCUAAAAAAGGUUUCAGGAGAAUGUCCAGAGUUUAGGACAUGUCUGAAAACAGCAACGCGGUAUAAUAAUCUUAAAUUUAAAUCUUUGUCAGGUCAAGAUAUUUGGACUGUCUCCAUUUGUAGGACACACUGUAGAAGUUUUUUUCAUGAAUAACAUUAGCCUUUGAAACCUCAGAUCAGAUACUGAUAAUCAAUAAAGCUGAGUCCAUAAGAUCGAUAUUUUUCGCUUACAGUCUCUUUUAGUUUACCCCCUACUUAGCUAGAGUUUUAUAGAGAGCUGAUUUUGCUGCAUUUGCACUUUCUAAAGUUCUUGUAAUGUGUCAUAGAUUUGUCAGACAACAUUACAAACAACAUUCCCUUUAUCGCAGCGCACGUCAGCGAGAGACGAGCAGCCAAGCUGCCGCAGGCUGUCAUCUCUCCGCCUACAUGCCUCCUGUAUGUUUGCACAUUUGCAGUGAAACUUGCUGUAAUUAGUCUCUUUAGAAGUCUUAAAUUGCUGUACACACUUUGUAUGUAAUCAAAAUUUUGUAAGUUUUUCUACAAUGUUAUGUUUCUUUUUUUAUUCUUGAAACAACAUUAGACCCUCUCACCUCAUUUGUGAUAGUUUGCAUGGGCAACUUCAUUGUUUCUAAACAGCACAUGAACUGGUUGAACUACUUUUUUAAUAGUACUUUUGCAUGCAGUACUUUAACAGACAUGUACUGAAUGAUACUUUAAUUGCGGUUCACUGAAGUAAAAUGUGUUUUAAAGGGAUUUUUCAUUUACAUUUUGAUAGAAUGAGGCAUGUUUUGUAUUUCUCAGUUUUUAAGGUGGAUCUGUAACAAGCAGCUCAGAUGACUGGCUCAACAUGAGCUGAUGGAAGGUGACUGUUACUGUAAUUCACGUGUGCUGUGCUUGUUAUUUAUGGUGAUAUACACAAUACACGUCGGUUUCCUAUCCGGUCAAAGGGUUUGAUUUUGUAAUGAUGCAGAAAAUGAACACCUUUCUGAAUCCACACCUCUAAAUCGUCAUUUCCCAUUAGAGGAAACCUUUACCUUUUGAUACUGGGAGUGUAGUUUGAGCUCCUAGCGGUGAUUGUUUUCAUAUUCAAUAAAGUAAUCAAAAUUGUUUUAUGUGUUUAUUUUCUUAAGUCAAUGUUACACAUCAGCUGUUGCUGUGGUUUGUGUUUUAUGGGUCGAAAUAUUAUUUACCGCUCCUCUGCUUUGAAUUGAAUGUUCACGUGUGACGGUAAAUUACCUGAUAUACCAUUUCAGACAUAUCAAAAUAAAGGAGUUAAUAAUGA